GCGGCGAGCCCCCAGCAGCGCGGUGGCCUUUUGGGGGGGCGCUUAGGGGGGGGGCGGCGGAGGAGGGCCGGGGCUGGCCGCCGCGGAGCUGCCCGUAGAUGACUGCAGAAGCGCAGCAGGCUCUGUCCUCUCAGCCCCCUCCUCCCGCGGUGCACAGCAGCUACGGCCCCAUGUCCUCCGUGGCCGAGAAACAGCCGCAAAACUCGGCCAUGGACGCCGCCUCCGCCGCUCCCUCCGGGCCGGGAGGCAACAGCGCUCCGGGCAGCGGCGGAGCCCCGGGCAGCGGCGGCCCUAAAGCGAAGAAAACCAACGCGGGGAUGCGGCGGCCCGAGAAGCCCCCCUACUCCUACAUCGCUCUCAUCGUUAUGGCCAUCCAGAGCUCGCCCUCCAAGCGACUGACCCUCAGCGAGAUCUACCAGUUCUUACAGAGCCGCUUCCCUUUCUUCCGCGGUUCUUACCAGGGCUGGAAGAACUCGGUGCGCCACAACCUCUCGCUCAACGAGUGCUUCAUCAAACUGCCCAAGGGGCUGGGCCGCCCGGGUAAGGGACACUACUGGACCAUCGACCCGGCCAGCGAGUUUAUGUUCGAGGAGGGCUCGUUCCGCCGCCGGCCCCGAGGCUUCAGGAGGAAAUGCCAAGCUCUGAAACCCAUGUACAGCAUGAUGAACGGGCUCAGCUUCAACCACCUCCCCGACAGCUAUAGCUUCCAGGGCUCGGCCGGAGGGCUCUCCUGCCCUCCCAACAGCCUCUCCCUCGAAGGUGGUUUGGGAAUGAUGAACGGCCACUUAGCCGGCAACGUGGACGGGAUGGGCCUUGCGGGACACUCUGUGCCCCACCUGCCCUCCAACGGUGGGCACUCCUACAUGGGCAGCUGCAGCGGCUCCUCGGCGGGGGAUUAUCCGCACCACGAGAGCUCCGUGCCCGCCUCCCCGCUGCUGCCCGGCGGAGGGGUGAUGGAACCGCACUCGGUUUAUUCCAGCUCGGCUUCUGCGUGGGCUCCCUCCGCCUCGGCCGCCUUAAACACGGGAGCUUCCUACAUCAAACAGCAGCCUCUGUCGCCUUGCAACCCCGCUGCCAACCCGCUGUCCUCCAGCCUUUCCACGCAUUCCCUCGAUCAACCCUACCUGCAUCAGAACAGCCACAACACCGCCGAGCUUCAAGGCAUCCCGCGGUAUCACUCCCAGUCUCCGAGCAUGUGCGACAGAAAGGAAUUUGUCUUCUCUUUCAACGCCAUGGCCUCCUCCUCCAUGCAUUCAGCGGCCAGCGGCUCCUACUACCACCACCACCACCACCAGGACAUCAAGCCCUGCGUCAUGUGAGACGGGGCGGAAAAGCCACCACCACCUCCCGGAGGCCGCCGAGGUCUGACCCGGUGAACGACCCCCCCCUCUCCCACCCAGGACCCUGUGGGAGGAGGAAAGAGGGAUGGGGAGGGGGGACUCUGCAGACUGUGUUUGUCCCCAUAGAUGGGACCCCCGGGGAGCGGACCGCUGAGAGCGGCGGUGCCGUAUAUACGGGCGGCAGAGCAUCGGCCGGCCCGGCCUCCACCAUGUGUCUUUAAUCAAAGACGCUCUCUGCCUUCUUCUGCUUCUUCUUCUUCUCUUGGGUCGGGGUAGGCUGGAAGAAAGGGAGGGUGGGGGGGAAUAAAAGAAGUUUCCCCCCCCAAACCCUCCGUUGCCCCUCAUCUUGAAAUCUCCGACUGCGAGUUUGGGUUGAAAGGUUUGCUACGUGAGGUUUGGGGGGUUAUAUCCCUUCAAAGAGAAAAGAAAUCGCAAACAAAGCUUUCUAAAUCAGUUCUCUUCAAUAGAAUGCGUUGAGCGAUAUCAUCGUCCCAUCCCUUAGGGGCAGAGCCGGACUGUGAGCACCCCGAGCACACAGAGCGGCGCUGCUCCGGCCCUUCGCUCCCAUCGAGCCCUCAAACCUGAAAACAAUCUUUUUUUUUUCAUUAUUUUUUGGGAUCAUAUAUAUCUAUUUUUUUAGCCAUCGGUAUCUUCUUUUUCUUUAAUUUUUUUCCUUUUUUUUUUUUUUUUUUCCUUAUUAUUAUUAAUUUUUUUUUGCCUGCGUAAAGACUGCAGGACCGGACCCUAUGCAGAGAGAAUAAGGCACUUUGAAUAGAGACAGCCACGCUCCUUCUGUUAUUUAUUCUACAUUGUCGUCGUCGUUGUUGCUAAUAAUGGAGACACGAGGAGUCUCAGUUGAUCAGUAUUAAAGCGGUGGAGCUCUGUUGGCAAUAUUUGCCAUAUAGAUGUUGGGGUUUUGUUUUUUAGUUAACCUCUUGUAAAUGUUAAACCCAGCCCGGUCUCUGUGUAAAGACAAUCCUCCAUAUGUUUUUAUAGAAAUAUAUAUAUAAUGAAGGAUUAUCCCCCUCCCUUUCCCCAUCUCUUAUUGGGUUGGUUCUUUUGUUUCGCCCUGACUUUGUACAGUUCGGUGUCACCUAUUUGAAUUCCUUUCUGCACUGUAUAAAAACUGUAAUGAUGCGGUUGGUUUUGUGUUCUAUUUUAUUUUAUUAUUAUUAUUAUAUAUAAUAUUUUUUUUUCCACCCGGCCCUUUUGUGUACGUUUUGUCCCUAAAAAGGGGGGAAACAAAGAAAAAAAAAAAAAAAGAGGGGAAAAAAAAAAUCAAGCCGAAAUAAAACAUGUACGGCCUUUGUA